AUGGAAUAUAAAACAUCUCUCACAUUUCCAAGUGAGCCUACAGGUUGUCUAGUAAAAAUAAAAAACAUUAUUCUUUUCGAAGGAGAAUUAGAGAUAAAAAAUUUCCUUGGACAUAUGGUUGACGUAUGCCUGAUGCAUAUUGAUCACACAAAAAAUGAAGCUUAUGCAUUGAUGCAUUCGGAUGAAGAAGUUUCCCACCUUUUGAAAUUAUACAAAGUUAUUUUAAAGAAUAUAAUAUUUUUGCAUUCCAAGGAACGAAAUUUAAAAAGGGAUAUAGAAAUAGAAAUUUUAGACAAGAAUGAGGAAAGAACAUUUUGGAGGGACGCAAAAAAGAACAAUAUGGAUUUCUAUAUCUGUUGCAACAGUGCAAAGAAGUGA